AAUAACAUGAUCAACAAAUAGGCAGGUCUUCUGCAGAGGGACCAAACGCCCAACUGAAGACACAUCUUUUCCAAUUAGAAUAGAAAAGAAAAGGCAAAGAGAGCGCUAAGGUUUGAGGAUGUCCGAGAUUGUGACUGUUUUUGGGGCUGACAAGUGCCAAGGGAAAGCUAUAGCCACCGCCUUGCUCCAAGAUGGUCAUUUCACAGUGCGGGCUGUAGUUCAAGAGUUAACCUCUCCCACUGCUCAGGAACUGCAGACAGCAGGGGCACACCCAUUACUGGUAGACUUCAACAAUCCCGACAGCAUCAGCGCCACUUUGUGUGGUGCACACAAGUGCUUUGUCAUCACCCACACAGAUUUCAACAACAAGGAUUCUCUGAGGGCUGAAGUUCAGCAGGGCCACAGGAUAGCUGACAUAUGUAAACAGCACAACAUCAGGCAGAUUGUGCUUAGUGGAGCUCAUCAUGUUCACAGGAAAUAUGGUCUCCCAGCAAGACACAUGGAUGCAAAAGCAUGCAUCAAUGAUUACAUGAAUGAAAUUGGUUUGCCCAAGACGGAGAUUAUAGUUCCAUUUUACUUUGAAAGUUUUCUGACAACAUUCAAACCAAACCCAGUUGGAAAUAACACUUACAAAAUUGUCAUUCCUAUGGGAGAAACAGCCAUGGAUGGAAUAAGUAUCAACCAGAUUGGUCCAGUUGUGACAGCCUUGUUUAAAAGCCCACAGCGCUGGAUUGGAAAGAGCUGUUUUCUGUCAGCAGGCAGGCUGAAGAUCCAGGAAUAUGCACGAAUUCUCACACACCACCUAUAUCCCAAACAGUUUAAAGAUUCCCGGAUUUCAGUCCGAGAGUUUGUGGAAUUCUUUGGAGGACCAGGAGCUCAGGACCUUGGGAAUAUGUUUGAAUUUUGGAAGCGAGGUGGACAGAAAAUGAACUAUGCUUUGACUCUGGAGCUGUAUCCAGAGUUACAACAAUUCCAACAGUGGGUUUCAGCUAACAGUACCUUACUCAGGACUGCUCUGGAUAAUGAACAGUCAGAAUCGACAGACAGAUGAAUGCAUGCGAGUAGAGUUAACUGCUGUUCCUAAAUCUUUUACAAAAAAUUUACCAAAUUAGUACCACUAGGA